GGAUUUAUUUCAUCUCACUUCCAGAAAUAUUAAUUUUUAUUACAUCUGCGAAAAGUUUUUGAUAGUUGCACGAGAAUUAUUACAAUGUUGCCAGAAAAGAAAGUGAUCGAUGAAGUUUCGGGAUGGCUAAGAGUGUUUGACGAUGGCUCCGUCGAUAGGACGUGGACUGGACCUCCUCAAGUCAAGUUCAUGUCCGCCCUCGUCCCGCCGCACCACCACUUCAUUGACGGUGUCGCCAUCGCUGACGUGGUGGGGGACCAAGAUUCCGGCUUGAAACUCAGGAUUUACCUGCCGGAGAAGCAAGAAGAUGAUCCGGAAAAGCUUCCCGUACUCCUGCACUUCCAUGGUGGAGGGUUCUGUAUCAGCCAGGCUGACUGGUUCAUGUAUUACUCGGUGUACACUCGCCUGGCCCGGACCGCUAGGGCCGUGGUGGUGUCGGUAUUCCUGCGGCUUGCGCCGGAGCACCGUCUCCCGGCCGCAUGCGACGACGGCUUCGCCGCCCUACUCUGGCUGCGCUCCGUGGCGGGUGGCCAGAAGCAGCAGCCCUGGCUGCAUGAUCACGCGGAUUUCAACCGUGUUUUCCUCAUAGGGGACAGCUCCGGCGGCAACAUAGUCCACCAGGUGGCGUCGCGUGCGGGGCGAGAAAACUUAGAGCCUUUGAGGGUCGCCGGGGCGAUCCCAAUCCACCCUGGAUUCUGCAGGUCACAGAGGAGCAAGUCGGAGAUGGAGCAGCCGGAAACACCGUUCUUAACAUUGGACAUGGUGGACAAGUUCUUGAGGCUGGCGCUGCCGGUGGGAGCGACAAAGGACCACCCGAUCACGUGCCCGAUGGGGGAGGCGGCGCCGGCGAUCGAGAAGCUGAAGCUGCCGCCGUACUUGUACUGCGUGGCGGAGCAGGACCUGAUAAAGGACACGGAAAUGGAGUUCUAUGAGGCGAUGAAAAGGGGUGGGAAAGAGGUGGAGCUGGCGAUGAGCGAAGGCGUGGGGCAUAGCUUUUACCUGAACAAGAUUGCUGUGGAUAUGGAUCCUAAAACAGCCCAAGAAACUCAGAAACUCUUUCAAGCAAUCAAAGACUUCAUACACAACCACUGAAUUUGAGUUAUGGUUACAGUAAUUUCUUGGAUGGAUUUCAUUUUCAGUUGUGGAUUUCUUGUUUUGGGGUUGCUGAAAUAAAUUAAUACAGACAGAGACAGACGACAGACCGAUUUUUAGUUAAGUGUGUGUGUUUUUAUAUGUAUGAAUUAAUUAAUUAUAUUAGCAUGCAACUACUGUUCCUCCUCUCCCAAAAGAA